AUGAGUUUCGCAUCAGACGACGGCGAAGGUGUUUACAGUUCUGCGAACUUGGCUCAGACGUACAGUGCGCUUUUAUGUCUGGCUAUACUUGGCGAUGACCUGAAACGUGUGGAUAAAGAGGCGCUAUUGAAGACACUGCAGAAAUCACAAAAAGAAGAUGGGAGUUUUUGGAGUGAAGGGCGUGAUUCUGAAAGUGACAUGCGAUUCGUUUUUUGUGCUGUUGCUAUCUGUCAUAUUCUCCGGGAUUUUUCAUACAUUGACUUUUCUUCAAUGAGAAAUUUUAUACGAAAUAGUCUUAACUAUGACGGCGGAAUUGGACAAGGUCCAGGAGACGAAAGUCAUGGUGGUUCGACGUUCUGUGCGAUUGCCUCACUAUCGCUGGCAAAUUGUCUCUGGGAUGGUUCUGUAUUAUCGAGACGAGAAAUUGAUAAGCUUGUAAAAUGGGCGUUAUGGAAGCAGGAUGAAGGAUUCCAUGGCAGAGCUCAUAAGCCGGACGACAGUUGCUAUGCAUUUUGGAUAGGAGCUACUCUAGAGAUUCUGAAUGCGAAUCACUUGAUGGACAAGGAGAAGUUGCGGUCAUUUUUGUUAAUUGCACAACAUCAGUACAUGGGCGGGUUUUGCAAGAUUCCAGAAGCCUCAGGAUUCCCUGUGCCUCCUCCAGUGGGUAGGCUAGAGCUGUUAACGAAGGCUAUAGAUCUGCACAUUUCACAGUUCUUCAAGGCUAAAAAAUGUGCGGCUAGGACUGUGGAUAUCAAUGUGGUCGAAACAUCAGCAAUUGGUGGAGGCCGUGCUCAAGAGAGAGAUCCGUUGGAUUACGUGCCCGAGUUAGGUCCCAUCGAGGACUUAGACCUUCCUGACAUUCUGCCAGAUUUGCCAGGUAUUGCUGAAGACUUGACACUUUUGGACUAUGAUAUUCCUCCGCCAGUGUUUCCCGACAUGCCAGGUAUACCUGAAGAGCUGCAUGCGAAACCCGGAGAGUGGUCGAGGCAACGGAAUCUAAUGCAGACAGCAUUGAGAAAGGCGAGUUUCCUUCGUAGUCGUUUUAAGUGA